UCAAGAAGAAGAAGAAUACUGUGGCAGUUGGUGGCAGUAAUUUCUCUACUCUGAGCAAGAGCUCCAGGAAAAGCGCAGCGAAGAAGAAUCUGUGUGCUGUGUGAAGAAGUGGCGUCUGCUGUAACUGUAGUCAGUAAGGAUUCUUGGUUGCAGACUCUAAAGUAACGGAACCCUGGAGAACGAAACAUUAUGUCGGCAUUCUUACCGCGAGGUCUCACGCACCUCGACCUGUUGAUAAAUCACCGCGUGACGCUGCAAUAGUAUGAAGACACGUUAGUGACGCUGCUCUCCUCUCCAGGAACAACAUCAGCAAGAAGGCAUGGCAGAGGCUGGAGCCCACCUGACCUCCACGGUUGUUAAUGAGCAGCCAUCCAUCUUUGAAGUGCUGGCCCAGGAGUCUCUCAUGGAGGCUGUCAGACCUGCUCUGAGACAUGCAGUCAAGGUGAGGCUUCCUGUUGGUAGAUGCCAGACUAUAGGAAGAUUUUCCUUUCUUCUUACCCUACUGCUCCAACUGUCUCAGGUUCUGGCUGAAUCCAACCCGUCCCAGUUUGGAUUCAUUUGGAAACGCUUCGAUGAGCUCUACCUGCUGUUGGAUGUCCUCCUACAGAACCACUUCCUGUCCCAGUGCAGCGCCUCCUUCUCUGAGAACUUCUAUGGGCUCAAGAGGGUCUCAGGUGGGCGGGGCCUUCCUGCUCGCCUGGGCUUGCACAAGCGUUCCCAUUGGCGGUCCCUGCUGCUCUUGUGCCUGGUGCCGUACCUGCGGGCCAAGCUGGAGGUGAUGCUGGCCCGGCAGAGAGAGGAGGAAGACUUCUCCAUCAGGCUACCACAGACCAGGAAGCAGAGGUUGUACCGAGCAGCAGUGGCAGCAUACCCGUAUGUCAGUUCGGCCUGGCAGUCCUGGAUCUUCUGCCAGCAAUUGCUUUUUGUUUUCGGAGUCAGCAGAACACACAGUCCCCUGCUGUGGCUGGCCAAUGUCAGACUGGCACGGCUCACCACACAUGACCUCAGAGAUGCACAGCAGAAAACCAGCUGCAGGCCCAGGCCGGCCGAUGGGAGAGUAUUGCAGAGAGCAUGGUGGCUCAUGUCUCGGGCAGCGCGGGGUGUGGCCAUCUCCCUCUCCACCUUCCUGUCUCUGGGCGUCUUCUUCCUGCAGUUCCUGGAGUGGUGGUAUUCCUCGGAAAACCAGAGCACAGAUAAAACCAUUUCUUCCCUGCCGGCACCUCCUCCCCCGCUUCAUCUGCAGGAGGAUGUCCGACCAGCAGCAGAUGAGAAGAACUGCCCGCUGUGCCAAAAGCUGCGGGCCAACUCCACGGUGCUGUCCACAUCUGGCUUUGUCUUCUGUUACCGCUGCAUUUACACUUAUGUGAAGGCUAACCACUGCUGCCCACUCACUGGAUUCCCCACAGAACUGCAACACCUCAUCAAGAUCUAUGAGUCUGAGAACUAGGAGUUCUCUGGAGGUCAUUCCAGAUGUUUCCCGUCUUUUGGAGAAAUGUGACCUUACUGUUUGCCACAUUCCUUCUAUCAACAGCUCUUUGUGAAGAGUGAAAAUGGUACUUUACUUUUGUGUGCAAAAAUUGAUUUUAAAGUUGAUAAAUUAUUAUCUAAUUCAGAUUUUAAUGGCUUACACUUUGCCUUUGUAUUUAUUAAAUCAGUAAAAAUACUCUAUAUUAGUGCUUCAAAUAAAACCUUUCUUACCGCUUUUAUGAAACUGAAUCGACGCUUAAUUCCGCCAAGAUGCCCAAAAAUUCCUGGUUUAAUCCACUUUGCUGGUUUUGUAAAACAGCUGGAUGAGAAGACAAUCGAUUGUCUGUUGUUUGGUCCCUUUAGAAGGGUCGUCCUGUUAUGGUAUUGAGGCCUCAGCCUAACGCCAGGAAAGGGAAUUUCACAUUAAAUGACAGCGUGAAUCACAAUCUGUCUGCAUGGAGAAACGCACAAGCCUGAUUUUGAUCAAAACGUAAAAGUAUGAGAUAGUCUCAAAGCUGGGCUGGAUUGUGUAGAUUGGGAACGGCUAUUGAGGGGAGAAAACAGGCGUGGACUUAAAUAUUUAAGUAAGUACUUAGAAAACAAAUAUUAGGGUUCGAAUUUGGAAAAUAAAUAUUUAGUUUGGAAAUUAAAUAUAUAGGAGCUAAAUACUUACACUAAGUAUUUAUUUUGGAACUAAACAGUGAACUAAGUAUUUUUGCUCAGACAUUUGGGAACUAAAUAUUUAAUCUCCUAACUAGUUUGUGUACUCAAUAUUUAUAGUGAAGGCCAAAAUAUUGCUGUAAAUGUUUCACUGUGUAACUUUACAAACAACACCCCAUAGAAACAUGAACACACAGUCAUGAUUUUGCAG